UUAUAUAUGAGAAAAAAGAAAACAAAAUUGUAACUCAGGUUAUGUUUUGAUAUUCGAGUAAAUCAGGAAGAAAAAUAAAGAAAAAAGUACAAAAUUUAUUUUUUAUUAUAAAAAAAAACAUUGUCUGAUAUGUUCAAAAAGCAGGAUAUAUUAAUGUAAAUAUGGUGAAAUGUUUAAUUUGCCGACGAGUCUAUAAUAAAGCAUUUGAUGUUUCGUUUCACAGAUUCCCCUCAGAUCAGGCGACAAGAAAAAUAUGGUGUAGAAUAUUAAAUCACAGCAUAAUUUCACCCACAGACAGAGUAUGCUCAGGGCAUUUUACAGACAAUUGUUUUCAAGUUCACAAAGAAUUGGGACAGAGAAUAUUAAAACCAUAUUCAACUCCAACGCUUGCAAUGACAAAACUACAGGAGCCAUUGAAAGUCACUUGUUCCUGGGAAACGGUGUUAACGGACCAUAACUAUGUGGCAAAAUUGGAGAAACAGGAAAUUGCAAAACCUGUCGAGCCGGCAAAAUUAUUAAUUCAAUAUCCCUAUAUCUUGAAUACGCAGCCAAAUAAUAUCGUCACAAAUGUAAUGCAAGACUUAAGUGUUAACAUUCCCUUAACUUAUCAACCGAUAGUAACAAAUAUCUCGCAACCGUUCAGUGGAAAUAUGAUGUACGCUUUAAAAAUAAAUCCACCACCGAACCAAAUUCAGCCUGUUAAACAAAAAGUGAUUCUUAAGAAUGUAAAAAAUCGAAUGAUUAUAAGUAAGGAGGAGGCAAAAAGAAGAGCGUUAAUUCUUAAGAAGAAAAAGGAGGAGCGUAAACUACACGAGACAACAGUGAAAAAGCUUCAAUCGGCAUCAAAGAAAAUAAUCGAUCAGAGGCAGACGAUAAAAAUGUUGAGACAAAAGUUAAGGCGAUUGCAGAGAAGAUUCGAAGUACAAAAAUCGGUUGUUAAAUAUCUCAAUUUUAAAUUGGAGGGAGCGAAGGAAAAGCAAAUAACCGUCAUUGGUGGUCAUUUUUAAGUCAGAAAUGAUUUCAAAAAAAGAAAAGAAGAAUGAGAAAUAUUGUUUUAGUUUUACCCAGUUAUUUUUUUAUUAUAAACUUUAAAAAAAUCUUUACUGUACUUUUUUAUACAGAUAAUAAAAAGUAGUUUUCUAAAAAA